CGGCACAGGCGGAGCGGCGCGGCGCAGCGUCGAGAGCGAGCCCAGCAUGCAGGUUCCGGGGCUGCACCGUGGCGUGCCCCCUACCCUGGACACCCACUUCGCUUAUGCAGGCGGCGGCCGGGCAGGGGCGGUGGCGUGCGUGGGCGUGGUGGCGGCGGAGGGGCCCCGAACCCUGGAUACCUUCCGCGUUAUGCAGGCGACGGGCGGGCAACGUUGCGUCGUGCGCGGGUGGGGCGGGCUGCGGCAGCGGGCCGGGCGGGGCGGUGGUGGCACCACCAUGUCGGAGGCGGCGGUGGCGGAUACCCGGCGCCUGAACACCAAGCCGCAGGACUUGACGGACGCGUACGGGCCGCCCAGCAACUUUCUUGAGAUCGACAUCUUUAACCCGCAGACCGUGGGCAUGGGCCGCGCCAGAUACACCAGCUACGAGCUCCGGAUGCGGACAAACCUCCCAAUCUUCAAAUUGAAGGAGUCGUGUGUGAGGAGACGAUACAGCGACUUUGAAUGGCUGAAGAAUGAGCUGGAACGAGACAGUAAGAUUGUAGUGCCACCACUGCCUGGAAAAGCUUUGAAACGACAGCUUCCCUUCCGAGGAGACGAAGGCAUCUUUGAGGAGUCCUUCAUUGAGGAGCGGAGACAGGGACUAGAACAGUUUAUUAACAAGUAAGCUUGAUGUCCUGGGUUUGCUGUGUGCUGCCUUCCUGGGUAUUUCUGGUAGAAGAGGGCUCUGGAUUGAUCAGGAAGGAAUCUUGAUUUGCUGCACAGAAGUGCUGUGCUAAAGGAUGGUGCCUGCAGCCGGGUAAUGAAACCACUGUUCUGAAGUAAGUCCUGCCUUGAGUGUGGGUUAUGUUCAGUGUGCUCUUCUGAGAGUGAAGCAAAUAUUAGCAGAAUAGCUGUGCUGCAGAGGCCCACUGACAGGGUAGCAUUGGUUCAGGAUGCUCAUGCCCGCUGGCUUUGUUGCACACUGAUGCUGUGACCUUGGCCUGAGCCUGGUGUGGGUGUGCUUGGAGCUGGCUCCUGUUAACAAGGAGGUCUGCCUUAUUCCCUACAGGGAGCAGAGGUGUGGGGGUCUUGGUGGUGGCUGUGCUAACCUCCACAUCUGAUUUUCUUCCAGAAUUGCUGGACACCCACUGGCACAGAAUGAGCGCUGCUUACAUAUGUUCCUGCAAGAGGAGACUAUUGAUAGGAAUUACAUCCCAGGGAAAGUGCGUCAGUAGGAGCACCUGGCACUGUCUUCCUCCAUUCCACCCUCCCUCCUGCAAAAAUGACAUUUAUUUUUACACUAAAUCGGUCUUCUCUGAACCAGCUUUUCCUCUCUUGAACCUCCCAAUUUGUUCAAUAUUUUCCUCUUUUGUAACUGGCAGCAGCUUGUUCUACUGGGCUGUGGUCUUGGCCUAAACGUAUGAAGAUUUACGCGGGUGCGUUGUCCCGCACCUAGGGGCAGAUGUGAAUAGGUGUGGAGCAGGAACGUGCUUAUCGCGUUAUGGUGUAGGAGCUGCCUCUCUCCCUGUACAGGAAGGUAUGAGAUGACCUUCACUCCCCUGUCUGUGCAGCCCCAAGCAUCUCUGCAGGAGGCUCUGAAGAAUAGCAGUUAUGUUGGUCAGUGAUUGCAUCAGGUAUUAGAGUUUUAGUAAGGCUUAUCCAAAACAGUGAGUACGUGCCUGGGUGUGUUGGUCUCUCGUCCACCCCAUUCACCCUGCAUGAAACCCCCAUUCUUCACUGUCUGGAAGUGCUGAGACCCAAGACCUACUCUAACCCUGCUCUCAGCCUCCUGCAUUACAGACCUGUUUGGUGUGUUCAUGUUAACCCCCUCCUUUCUAAAGUGCUGCUGGCAGCUUGGGGGGUUUCGAUUAUAUGUGCUCUCAUGAUGCUCUGCGGGGGCGGUUUGGUGUAUAGAAGCUGGGAUAGCCUGGGCUGUAGCAGUGUGUGCUGUGAUGCCUUGGCCCAGGGUUUAAAAAAUGCCAGAGCUUGCUCUGCUGUGGGCUGGUGUGGUGGUGUUUCCAGCAGCACCCUGUUUGGCUGAGCUCUGGUGACCUUGUCCUGCACCCCAGCUGCAGAGGGGAGGAGACAGGUCUGGCUGAGGAGUGGGGGAGGGCUGGUGGGGGCUGUUGUGCUGUGCGGCCGUGAAGGCUGCCACAGGAGGAGCCCAGCAGUGGUGCCUGGGGUGAGGCCACCUGUCCAGAAAGGACAGUAGAAAAUGAUGAGUCCUGGGUUGGACAUUUGCUUAUGAAGUAGGAGAAGUAACAAUGGCUUCUUGUGUGUUCUCCCCUGUUCUGCAGUGAGCUAGGCAGUUACUAGUGUGGAAAUGAGGACACAAGAUUGGUCAGGGAAGUGUUCAGAGCUUGAGGGGGACCACCAGGCUGUGACUUGCUGCAGCAGAACUGUCCUUUGGAGCCUCCUCCAGCUGCCACAGCUGUCAUGAUUGAAGUUGGGCGUUAGCUCGGGGGCUUCUCUGAUACUGGCUGGUUCAUAAGCGCUUGGUCACUUUGUGGUGGCACAGUUGAGACUUUCUCAGAACAUAGGCCUGCAGUGACUGCCCUCCUGUUCCUUCCAAGCACGUCCCCUGAGGCCUCCCUAAUCUUUCCUCGGUUUUCUGGUGAGGGACUGGCACUGCUGGGCAAGAGGUGGCCCUCGGGGAAGGUGAAGAAGUCACUGAAACAGGGAGGGAACUACUCUGGGGGCUGGCUCAGCCCGGGAAGGGCUGUGGGGAAGGGGAGAGGCUGGUGCUGGUGGAGACAGCUGUGCCCGCAGUGGGGCUCAGCCCCCGUCCUCCUGCCGGCCCCUGCUUGCGGCAGCCCCUUCUUCCUGCCUGUCCUGCUACGGGGCUGCCAUCCACCCAGCUGUCUCCACUCUGUCCAGUGUAACGUCCCGGUUCCGUUCGCAUUAAACCACUGUGAAGCCAA